AUGAAGAGUUACACAUCUCUAAGUCCAGGACAGCGAAAUCUUAUGAAAAAUGCUGGUUGGUUGAUAGGUGAUGCUAAUACAUUAACUAAUGAUGAUGGAUACUUUGAUGUAUCCAUACCAUUAAGUGUCAUACUUGGGUUUGCUGAAGAUUACAAUCGUAUUGUUAUGAAUGCAACAUAUGAGUUAGUUAUCAGAAGAUCAAAUACUGAUCUUAACGCUUACAUACAUAAACCAGCAACAACUGCUGAUGUUGCGGCAAACGUUAAGAUUACUCUAAAUAAAGUUGAGUGGCUCAUACCACACAUCACUAUGUCUGAUAAGCAGAAAAUUCAAGUAUUAAAUUAUAUAUCAAGUGAUCCAGCUAUUUCAAUGAGUUUCCGCUCAAGGGAGUUGUAUGAAUAUCCAUUACUUUCAGCAACUACAAAACACAUUUGGCAAAUUAAACCAUCAACACAGCUGGAGAAACCACGAUAUGUGAUCCUGGGAUUUCAAACGGCGAGGAAAAACGCAGUUAAAAAAGAUGCCAGUCAAUUUGAUCAUUGUAAUCUUAGAAAUGUAAAACUUUUUCUCAAUUCUCAAAGUUAUCCUUAUGGUAAUUUGAAUCUUGAUAUCGAUCGCAAUCAGUAUGCAUUAUUAUAUGAUAUGUACACUAAUUUUCAAACAUCAUACUAUGGUAGAGAAGCAGAACCAUUGUUGACAAAGGCAGAAUUUUUAAAAGAAGCCCCACUUUAUAUAAUUGAUUGUUCUAAACAAAAUGAAGCUAUAAAAUCUGGCCCAGUGGACGUUAGAGUAGAAUUUGAAUCUAAAGUUCGAUUUUCACCUCAAACAUCAGCGUACUGUCUAAUUUUACACGAUCGUAUAAUUGAAUAUAAUCGUAUAAGUAACAAUGUUAGAAAAUUAAUGUAA